AUGAUGGCUACCGAAGAAAAGGUUGUGAAAAUCAAAGGAAGAACCAUUUCUCGAAGAGAAGAAGAAAAACUUAGAUUUGAGAAGGCAAAACAAUUGGAUGAAAUGUUUGCUGCAGGUACUCUUUGCAAAACUUUACCUGGAGGUGGAAAGUCAAAAGCUGUUGCUUGCUUCUCUCUUCUCCCUGAUAUGGACACAAUGAAUACAAAUUAUUUAGCAGUUAACUUUGGAAGUGAUAACCAUUAUUUGCUAGGAAAGAGAGGUCGCAAACAUCAAUCUGAGUUAACACCUAAGGAUGCAAGUGAUUCAUUAUUACUUAUUAGGCCAACUGAAGAUAUUAUUGACUCUGAAAAGACCAAUGAUGAUAGAUUUGUAGAUUGUGCACAAUAUUAUGUUCCGGUAUCUGCCUCUACUCAAGAUGAAGAUGCUGUUCUCGACCCUUCAAAGAAUGUUGGAAAUAUUGUUGAAAUGAGACAACUCAAAAUGUUUUACACCUUCAUCAAGGAAGGAGUUAACUUUAAGGUGGUUGCAAAGAAGAGAAAACGUAGAGUAUUCACAAAAGUUAAAUUGGCAGCCAAGGGUAAUGAGGACGAAGAUGUUCCAUUCGAAGACAUGCAAAAUGUGUUGUCACGUGUGGAUGAAUUCCAAACCAAAGCUUCAAGCUCUUCUGGAUACACUAAGGGUUCAAGAUCUAACGAGGACGAAGAAGGUGGCGACCAAGACAUGGAAGAAGCUCAACAACGCAAUGGUGAAGAUUCCGAAGAGGAAGUCAGAUUAGGUAUUGACGAAGAAGCAGCAACAGAUGAACAACAUCAACCUUCAACAAAGAAGAAGAGAAUUGAUGAUGAGGACGAAGAUGAAGAAGAAGAGGCGAACAAUGAGAAUCUACCAACCUCUCCAAAUUCCGAAGAAGAGGCAACCAACGAAGACAAAGCUCCACAAUCCGAAGAGGAAGACGAAUAA